AUGUCUUCAUCAUCGGAUCAACAAGCACCAAAUACAGAGGUGAUGGAGCUGGACUUGGAUCCAACGCUUCAAUCCAUCAAAGAGUUUCACUUGCUUGCCAGGAAGGCCGAAAGCAAAGAAGUUGUUCAAUGUAUGAUACGAGAGAAUGAUGGAGCAACAUCAUCAUCAACGUCCGAUACAACUCUCGAGUCCCUUGAAGAAGAACGAAAGAGAUCCGAGAAGCUGUUGGAAGAGUUGAAAAACAUUCGGAUUGAAGAACUGAAUGAAGACAAGCUCAAUCAAUUGUUGGAUGAGCUUUUGAAACGAAAAGAGGAAUCAUUUUUCGAUGAAGAGGCUUCUCUUCAACAAAAUUACUUGAUACGGGAUGCUUCUCUUCGACCACCCGAACCUGGUACCGUUGAAGUGAAAACAAUGGUUCAAUUUCCUCCGAAAGAAGUCGAUUUGAACAUGAUCAAGGUGGGUGAGAUGUUGGCCAAUGAGAAACGUGAGGAAAUUCAACAAGAGCAAACAUUGAAGAUUGUAAGAGCUCUCCCAACAGGAAAUCAGCCAAGUGAACUCCACUCAGUACCAUUUCUUUCGAUCACUUUUAAUCAAGACAUGAUUGAAGAAUUCGAUGCUGAGACCAAGUCCUUUGAGGAAAUCGAUUUCAUUGAAAUCAGGCCUAUAACAGAGAACCUUAGGAAAGGAAAAUGGAAAUGGAUUGGUACCAAGUCAUUGCUUUUCCAACCUUAUUUUAGAUUCGAUCGUUCUACAGAGUUCACAUAUACUGUACUCAAAUCAAAAACAAAGUCUGUUCUUGGACUUAGUUUGGAAGAAGACUAUAAGGUUACUUUUAAAACCCAAACAAUGAGAGUUGAGGAAUUCGUGCCAUCCUCUUAUUCUAACUCAUUUCCGAUUUCAUACCUACCUUUUUGUUAUUUGAGAUUUGAUCAAAGUGUCGAUCGAGAGGAAAUUUCAAAAAGUGUCAAAAUCACGUGUGGAACGAAGACCAUCAACUUUGAAGUUUUAAACGAUCCCUCAAUAAUUGCUCAAACCUUAAAGGAGAUAGAAUUUGAAAAGAAGUUUCCUUCAGUAUUUCAUACAUACAAUGAUCUUUUAACCAAAAACAAAAAUCCAACCUCCAGAUAUGUUUGGCUGCAUUUACUUAUCGAUCGACAGGUCGGUCAGAGUCUUUCGGUGAAUAUACCAAAAGGAAUGAAGUCUUUGGAAGGCCCUUUACUUUCUACACACAGUUUCGGAAGCACGAUUAAUGGUUUUGACAAAAUGUAUGUUUCCGACCACAACCCCAAAAAGUAUACCUUCUACAACAACAUUACUCCAGGAUGUUCAUUUACGUUUAACACAUCUAACCCAAUUGAUCUAGAACAAAUACAAGAAAAGGAGAAGUAUGUGACAAUUCACCCUGCUAUUGAAAAUUGUCAUAUCAGUUUUGGUAUACAUCAAAUUACAAUUUCAGGCAAUACUCUGGCAAGAGAGAACUACUCUGUAACCAUACACAAGGGUCUUCCUGAUAUUUAUGGCCAAACGUUAGAGAAGGACUACGUGGCAACAUUUGAAGUUAGUGGAGAGUCAAAACAAUUCAAUAACUCUCUUCCUGGAAUCACCAUUUUACCUCCAAGUUUGUUCGAAAACUUUGAUCCGUUCGUUUAUUUCGACUGUGUUAACAUUUCUGAAACAUUGACAGUUAUUAGUCAAGUAGAUCCGGAAUUUAUGGCGAGAGAGGUCUGUUAUCCAAAGUACCACAAAUCGUUCUUUAGCUCAUAUCCUUCAUAUGAAUACUUUCAGUGGGUGACAAAGAAACAAAGGUCAUUUGGUAACAUUGUUUAUAAUGAAAAGGUUAAACCAAACAAUUAUGUCAAAGAUAGAUCCGUUUCUGCUACAAUUUCAUUGCAACCCUAUUUACAAAAUCCAUCUCAAAAAACUGGACAGCUAUUCCUUCAAAUGAAGCCCAAGUACAAUAACUUUUUUUCCUUUGGAGACAAGUAUGAAUGUAUUUGGUUGCAAAUUUCUAAUUUGUGUGUGGAUGUCAUGCAUGUGAGCCCAAACUCAUCUGAAUUUACUGUAUUUGUUACCAGUUUUCAAGAUGGAAAACCAGUACCAAACGCAAAAGUAGUGUACACAUAUACUGACCAGUAUCAUCCCACAGAAAAUGGAUUUGAUGAAAAGCGAACGGAAAAAACCACUAAUGAGAAAGGUUUUGCGACCUUUAAAGGAGGUCCAGAACGAUUGGGAUAUCAUCCUAUUAUAUACGUAUCAACGGAAAAUGAUUGUGUUGUCUAUACCAAUAUGAAUGCAGGAUAUAUUUAUCGUCAACAGAACAAACUGUUGGCCCAUAUUUUCAAUGAUCGUGGGCUUUAUAAGCCAAAUGAAAUUGCUCACUUUAAGGGAUUUGCAAGAUCCAUUAAUUUUGAUUUCAGUAAGAACUCGGAAAAGUAUGGUACCUAUUCCAUUAACAUUCCAACCAACUGUUCAGGAACCUACACUUUUUACGAUUCAAGAAGGGUCAAAUAUGCAGAUGGAAAGAUUGAGGCAAACUCGAAUGGAUCUUUUGAAAUUGAGCUAAAAAUUCCUGACAAUGUAAACUUGGGAAGUCACUACAUUGAUAUUAGAUUAUCAGGACAAUCUUUCACCCACUACUUCUCAGUAGAGGAAUUUAGAACGCCUGAAUACAAUGUUUCAAGCACCAUCAUUCCAUCGUCGUUUAAAGUUGCGAACUAUAUCGGAGAUAAGUUAAUUUGCAAAGUUUCUGCCAAUUAUUACAGUGGUGGAGCACUUGGAAAUGCAAAUGUGAAUUAUUCAUGCCAAGUAGCACCAACAACGUACAAUCCACCCGGAUGGGAGCACUAUACAUUCCAAGAGACAGAAACCAGUAGAAAUAUCUAUCUUUCUAGAAUAUUAGAUAAUAUGAAAUCUGUAACUCAUGCUUCUGCUUAUUGUUCUGAUACGACGGAUACCACUGGUGAGAGCAAUCUAUUGUUACAGCUUUGGGAUCCUCAAUUCAAAGCAAAGCAACCGCUUCAAAUAUCGUGUCAAGCAAACGUUCAAGAUAUCAACAGGCAGACACAAGGCACUGAAUGCAAGACAAUUGUGCAUCCAUGUCAAUAUUAUGUGGGUGUAAGAUGUACCAAGAAAGUGGUUUUAAAACCUGAUGAUCCUAUCGAUUGCUUCUUCAUUGUCACUGAUAUCCAAGGAAAGGCAGUGAAGGAUGUACCAAUACAAUGCAAACUUGUCAAGCUGAGCUCAGAAACAAAGGGUUAUAAGAGCUGGGAGACUAUUUCUCCAAUUACUGAGUUAACUAUAAUCUCUCAAACUCAGCCAAUGCUUCAUACUUUUACUCUUAGCAAUAAUACAAAUGAUUCUGCCUACGGAGAAUAUGCCAUUAUGUGUGAAGUCAAAGACUCUGUAACACCUCUAUUCAGAUCUGGUAUCAAUAGAUGUUCAGUUUCAAUUCGUAAGUUCGGACACAAGAGCCAUCUGCAAUCAAAAGGAUAUGCUUCUCUUAAUCAGGACACUCUCGAGUUGGUUGCAAAUAAGUAUGACUCUGAAACUUACAAGCCUGGAGAAGUUGCAAGCAUUUUCGUUUCUCCUCCAUUUUCAGGCAAUUGUACUGGAAUUAUGUGGGUAACCUGUAAUGGGUUGGUUCAAAAAGAAGAAUUUGAAAUUAGUGGAGAAACAGGAUUUAUUGAACUCAAGGUUCCAAUCAAAAAAGAGUAUAGGCCGAACAUUGACGUUCAUGUGAAACUGUACGGUCUAGAUAACUACAUUGACGAAAGCAACAAAGAGCGACAACUGCCAGCACAUGCCUCUGGGUUCUUGAAAUUGAAUGUUUCCAAAGAACAUCAUGAGCUUGACGUAUCUGUAAUUCCAAAACAUUCUGUGACAAGUCCUGGAAAAGACACAUCCGUGGAAGUGGUUGUCACGGACAAAGAGGGUAGAAAUCAACAAAAUUGUGAAGUGUGUUUAAUAGUUGUAGACGAAGCUGUAUUAGACAUCGUAUCUCACGAAAUUCAAGAUCCUGUUUCUACCUUUGUUGUUCAAAACAGUUGCCAAACAUCAUUCAUUUCCAAUAGAUCAGAUGUGAGGUACUGGCUGUAUCCAAGAAAGAACCAAAGAGAACUUGAUCUUAAUGAAGAAAUGCAAGAGGCAUCAAGAAAUGACAUUGAUGAAGAGGAUGCUGAAUGCCUUAGUGACCAUUGUUUACAAUGUUGUUGUGACUUUUGCUGUAGGACAAGGAGUGAAGCAUGCAAAGAAUGCAAGAAAUGUUGUGCAGAAGCUCCUUCAGGUGGAAAGCGCAAGAAGAAGUGUUUAGAGAAAAAAGAUUGCGCUCCCCCAAAGCCAAGUGCAAAUUGCUUGGCAGGUGAAGCUGAAGACAUGAAUGAAAGAAAAGAGCAAUUUGCGGUCAGGUCCAGCUUCAGACCAGAUGCCGCAUUUAUAACAUUUGCAAAUACCGACGAGAAUGGUCGUGUAGUUUUGAAUUUUAAACUCACGGAUAGUCUCACUAGAUUCCGUGUGACAGCUGUAGCAAAUAUGGGCGAAGAUUUAUUUGGGAUUGGAAAAACAAAAAUUACAACCUCAUUACCAAUUGCUGUUCGUCCAUCCUUGCCAAGAUUUCUUAAUUUUGGAGAUAUGUGUGAUCUCACUUAUGUGCUUCAAAAUCAAACUACAGCCUCUUUGACUGUGGCUGUUGUUUGCCAUACAUCAAACUUAAGAAUAUUCAACAAUGAGGAUAAAACUCAAAGAGAUAAAGGAGUUACUCUUACAAUUCCUGCUCUUGGGCGAACUGAAGUUAGAUUCCCUGUUCGUGUCCUCAAAUGCGGAACAGCAUGUAUUCAGGUUGGGCUUAGAGUUUUAAAUGCUGUCGCUGAUAAGCCUGAAAAUCAAGAUCAAGCAGACUUGAUGAUUGGUUGGAGCGAUGCUGUAAAGAAUGAAUUUAGAAUAUUCACACCCUCCACCAAUGAAGCAUUUGCUACUUAUGGAGACAUGAGUGAAACGAAUGAAACUAUUCUUCAACCAAUUUCUCUUCCUGACAAACCAUUGCUAGCAAACUUUGGCGAGUUCACUCUCACUACGUCCACAACUGCUCUCUCGUCCCUAGUAGACUCUCUCAUUUACUUGCAUUCAUAUCCAUAUGAGUGCAAUGAGCAACGAGCGUCAAAGAUUUUAGGAAUUGUGUGUAUGAAAGAAAUUAUUUUACAAUUUUAUGCACCAGAAGAAUUAUUUAAUCUCAUGAAAAUUAGAUCGAGAGAAGAAGUGGAUGAAUUUGUUAAUAAGGAGUUGAAGAUUUUGUUUGAUAAUCAGGGAUAUGAUGGAUCGUAUUCAUAUUGGAGUGCAAAACUUUUUGGAGAUCCAUAUUUAACAUGCUAUAUUGGUCUAUGCUUUGCAAAAUGUAAACAGGAAGGUUAUCAAAUUCCAGAAGCAACUUUGAGAAAAACAAAAUCUAUUCUUCAAAGAAUUGAUAGUUUGUUCUUUUUGAGCUUUUUAUGGCCAAGAGUAGUUAAAGAUUCUAUCAAAAGCUUUGCAUACUAUGUGUUUUCUUUGCUUGCAGAGCCUCAUGAACAUGAUACAGUAAUUUCAUUAUGCGAAGGCAUAUUGUCACACUACAAAGACGUGGCAGAUUUGACCAAUCAACUCACACCUGAAUGUGCUGCUUGGCUUUCAAUGGCUAUCCACAAAUGUAAGAAGGAAUCGGAGGAGGAAAAGAGGUCCAGCAAAAAGACGCCAAAUCAAUGGUUAGAAUUAUUCAUACAAUAUUUCACCGAAAAUGUCACUCUUGAUUCUGGUAUUUAUGCACGUUUUAUUACACGUUAUGAAGACUCUGAAAUUGCAAACAUGGUCAUGCUCCACUCAGAUACUAGAACUGAUAGCCUUGUCCUUAGCUGUCUCAUGGAAAUUGACCGAGAAAAAAGUAGUGAUAUUAUUCAGAAAUUGGUGCGCAGUUUAUUGGCAGCAAGAAAUGCCAGUCGGUACGGAAGAUGGCAUAAUACUCAGGAGAAUGCAACUUGUUUAAUUUCUCUAACAGAUUACUUUAAAAUAUUUGAAAAUCAAGUUCCUGAUAUGACUCUCCACUCUUGGCUUGUAGAUCGAACAAGAUCUGAGGAAACACUUUACAUUGGUGAAGAAUCUUGGAAAGUAAGAAGUCGAGAAAAGAAAAUUACAUCUCUGCCAAUUAAGGCUUUCGUCCCAAGAAAAGACAUUGAUGCCGAAGUCAUUAAUCCAAAAGAAUUAGAUAGUAAGAAAGAGCUACUUGUGACAAAGUCGGGGCCAGGUAGAUUAUAUUACAGAAUUGCUCUUUCAUACACACCUGAGAACUUGUGUUUAAAGUCAAUGGAUAGAGGAUUUUCUGUGUAUCGUUAUUAUGAAGGAGUCACUAAAGCGGAACAUGUAACGUUUGACAAGGCUGCCAAUGUUUGGAAAGUUAAGGCUGGAGAGCUAGUUAGAGUUCAAAUUAAUAUUACCAAUACUGUCAAAAGAUAUAAUGUGGCCCUAGUUGACAAGAUUCCAGCUGGAUUUGAAGUUGUGAAUCCAGAAAUCGAUACUCAAAUUGUUGACCUUAAUCAAAAAGUUGAUGAAAACACCAAUGGAUUUUCACGAUCAUGGCAUGAACAUCAAAAUAUUCGUGAUGAAAGAGUUGAAGCUUUUGCAAGAAUGCUUCAUGUUGGCUGUCAUUCAUUUACCUAUGUUGCCAGAGCCACCACGAUUGGUUCAUUUGUUAUUCCUCCAAGUCACAUGGAAGAAAUGUACAGCCCUGAGUGCUUUGGUAGGUCCAACACACAAUUUGUUCAAGUCUACGAAUACGUGUAA